AUAUUACUUUAAUACUUUUUUCUUUUCGAUUAGACCAAAAUAAAAUAUCUCGUCGUAAUUUCCACUUUGAAGAGACGGUUUGUUAGAGUGUACAUUUAUAAAGUAUUUUUCAUUUUUACUGCUUUCUCUUCUCCAUUAUUUGUUUGUUUUUAUUCCAUACCAUGGCUGAAGCAGUUAUUUAAUGCUUAGUCACCCCACACUAUCUCAUUCACGCCAAAAAUCCUUCUCAUUGCAGAGUUUUGCUCACAAAAAUCUCCCAGAUUCUCUACUUCCUCUUCUUCUCGUUUAUUGGUUCAGUUGUCAGAAACUCAUCUGAGUUUGGUGCUUCCUUAUAUGUAUAUACCUUAUUUUCCCUUUUGCUUUCAGACUCUGGUUAUGUAAUUGAUAAUCCUUGUUCUUCACCUUCAUCUUCUGUGCCUUGUUAUUUCUAAGAGUGCUUUUUGCUAAAUAAUGUAAUAUUUUCUUAAGCAUUGUACUUUAUCUCUUUUCCAUUUGCUUAAUGCCCUUUUACUCAAAACUGUUUUAAAUAGUCCCUGUUAAGAUUUCAAUCAUGGGUUCUCGUUAAUUUGUCUGCUUAAACCUUGUUCAAUUUCUUCGGUUUCAAACUUCUUGGUGUGUUUUGUGAAUGCCCAUUUGCUUUAAAAUUUGCUCUAAAUAGUUCCAAAUGCAGUUUUGGAUAAUGGGUUUCCGUUAAUUUGCUCCUCAGAAACCUCUAAAUUUUGAAGCUUGAAAGGGAAAGGUGUCAUCUUUAGCUAUUCUACCAUGUUAUUGAUUUUUUAGCAUGUUUCUGUGUUUGGUCACAAGUGUUGCUGUUUUUGGUGGGAAGUAGUUGAUACUGAGAAGAAGGAUUUGUUUGAUUUGAGACAAAUGGAUCUAACCUUCUUCAUAGUUGACCGCUAGCCUUGUGAUCUAAACUUAUGGGGGGUUGUUUGUUUCGUUAGUAUAGAGCUUUCUAAUCCAAGCCACCACCAUGAGUUUCCUUCGCUAGUUUCCUUGCUUUGUCUAAGAAAAGGCAUCCAAGUAAUACAAUUCAUUUCUAAUCUAUUCUUUUGUUCUUCAUAUCAUACACCUAAUUUGUUACAAGUUCAUUGCAAUGUAAAGUUCUUCCACUGUUAUUAACCAUUCAUUCAAGGACCUCAAAGGGUCUGUUAUACUUCAAGAAUCAAUGGAUUCACAUUCUUCUUUCCCGCUCUUUUCAACCUUCAAAAUCCCAAUAUGAUAAGGAAGUCAUUGUUUCUCUGCCCAUAGUUUUGUUUACAUAUAUUCACUAUGAAAAUCUAAACACCUAUAUUGGCCUCUCGAGUUCCUUGGAAUUUGGAUCUUUAUCUUAGAAUUUCCCAAUCACUUGUUCACCUGUAUGCUUGUUUUUUUUUCCUUCACACAAAGCAAGGAAGAGCUUCCAUCUCCUUGUUGACCAUUAAACAUUUACCUUACUAAUGGAAGAAACAUUUGUUCCCUUUCGAGGGAUCAAGAACGACCUUAGAGGAAGACUUUUAUGCUACAAACAAGACUGGACUGGUGGCCUCCGAGCUGGUAUCAGAGUUUUGGCUCCAACAACCUACAUAUUUUUUGCUUCUGCAAUUCCAGUUAUAUCUUUUGGGGAGCAGUUGGAGAGAGAUACAAAUGGAGCUCUAACUGCAGUACAAACUCUUGCCUCAACAGCACUUUGUGGUGUUAUCCACUCAGUUGUUGGAGGACAGCCCUUGCUCAUACUAGGAGUGGCUGAGCCCACAGUAUUGAUGUAUACAUUUAUGUUCAACUUUGCCAAGGACAGGAAGGAUUUGGGGCAGGAACUGUUUCUGGCCUGGACAGGAUGGGUAUGUGUGUGGACAUCCCUCUUGCUCUUCUUGCUGGCAAUUUUGGGGGCAUGUUCAAUAAUCAAUAGGUUUACGCGUCUUGCUGGAGAGUUAUUUGGUCUGUUAAUUGCAAUGCUUUUUAUGCAACAGGCGAUAAGGGGGGUUGUUGAAGAGUUUGGCAUACCUAGUAGGGAAAAAUCUAAUCAAACUGUACUGGAACCUUCGUGGAGAUUUGGAAAUGGAAUGUUUGCGUUGGUUCUAUCUUUUGGGCUUCUCCUUACAGCACUGAGAAGCCGCAAAGCUAGAUGUUGGCGCUAUGGUACUGGUAGGCUACGGGGUUUUAUUGCAGACUAUGGAGUACCACUUAUGGUGCUUGUGUGGACUGCUGUAUCUUACAUACCUGUUAAUGAUGUCCCUAGAGGACUCCCAAGACGGCUUUUCAGUCCUAAUCCAUGGUCUCCUGGUGCAUACUCGAAUUGGACAGUCAUAAAGGAAAUGGUGCAAGUUCCUCCAUUAUAUAUAGUUGGAGCAUUCAUACCAGCAACUAUGAUUGCUGUGCUUUACUACUUUGAUCACAGUGUGGCCUCUCAACUUGCUCAACAGGAGGAGUUCAAUUUGAAGAAGCCAUCUUCAUAUCACUAUGACCUUCUUCUUCUGGGUUUUCUGGUCAUUAUAUGUGGGCUUAUUGGCAUUCCUCCUGCCAAUGGUGUAAUACCACAAUCUCCUAUGCAUACAAAAAGUUUAGCUACUCUUAAACACCAGCUAUUGCGGAAUAAACUUGUAUCAACAGCACGAAAAAGCAUUCGUAAAAAUUUAAAUCUGAGUCAAUUCUACCAAAGCAUGGAAGAGGCUUAUAAUGACAUGCAGACUCCACUAGCCUACCAAAUUCCACCAGCCCUGGGACUUAAAGAACUCAAGGAGACAACAAUCCAAUUGGCAUCAAGUGCUGGCUACAUUGAUGCCCCUGUUGAUGAAACAGUCUUUGAUGUGGACAAGGAUGUUGAUGAUCUUUUGCCAGUGGAAGUAAAAGAACAACGUCUCAGCAAUUUGCUUCAGUCAGUAAUGGUUGGUUGUUGUGUUGCUGCUAUGCCUAUUCUGAAGAAGAUUCCAACUGCAGUUCUUUGGGGUUAUUUUGCUUUCAUGGCAAUUGAAAGUUUACCUGGAAAUCAAUUUUGGGAGAGAAUAUUGUUGAUGUUCACUGCUCCAAGUCGAAGAUACAAGGUGCUGGAGAAGUAUCAUGCAACCUUUGUCGAAACUGUACCCUUCAAAACAAUUGUCACGUUCACCCUGUUCCAGACGGUUUAUUUGUUCGUUUGUUUUGGCAUAACAUGGAUCCCAAUUGCUGGACUGCUUUUCCCAAUGUUCAUUAUGCUUCUUGUCCCGGUGAGGCAGUAUUUUCUCCCCAAGUUUUUCAAAGCAGCUCACCUUCAAGACCUGGAUGCUGCAGAAUAUGAGGAAGCCCCUGCUGUUGCUUUUAAUAUGUCAUAUGAAGAUCAGGAUCUACAGGAAAGAAGUACUAACAUUGAUGGUGCAGAAAUACUUGAUGAAAUUAUCACAAGAAGCCGUGGUGAGAUUCGUCGCACUCAGAGUCCAAAAGUGACAAGUUCAAUGCCUUCUUCGCUAGAGCAUACGAAACCUGUUUUUAGUCCACGGCUGUCACAGAGAGUAUACAGCCCACGUCUAAAUGAAAUCAGAGGGGAACAAAGCCCUCAAUCGCCUGGAAAGGAAAUUGAAGGAAAACAGACUCGUAGUCCUGGACCCUCUGUCCUAGGAAAGAGCAGUCCUGGUUCUUCUUCAAGCCAAAUGGUGUAAAUUUAUGAUUCUGGUAAGUUCAGUUGUCAAUGGUUCUCGAGAGGUCCUACAUAUGCAAUUAUGUGUUUGUUCUAGAUGAAUGUGGUUCUAAGUUCUACAGUUUCCCAAUAUUCUAGGCUUUUAGUUAGUGUUACUUUAUGCGUAAUCUCCCUUGUACACUGGGCAGAGGACAAGUUAUAAUAUAGUGGAAAAGCUGUAUAUGUCCUUUGUUUUUAUACUUUUAAGAUUUAGUCGGUUUAUAUUGCAACUAGCUUUCAUGGCUGCUCUAAGCCGCGGACAAAAUUAGUAUACUGAUAUACCAAUUGUAAACUUAAUGACAAAUAAAGACUAAGAGUGAAGAAAAGUAACAUGUUUUUUCACAACACUUGGGAAAUAUAUGGUUAGUUUUUUCUUUUGUUUUUUUAA